GGAUAUUCUAUCAAACAAUUGUUCCGGUGGUUUAUUUUUUGCAAUAUUUUAUAUGAGCAAUAUGAGUGAGCAAAUCAAGUUUAUCAUACAGGAACUAAACAAGGAGCCUUUCAACAAAAAAUUUAAUUUAAUUAGUUUUGAUUCUUUGCGGACUGAUAUCCUACUACAGAUUUUAAAUGAUGUUUUCUCUGAAGUGGAUUCUAAGAUGAAAAUGGAUGUCAGAGCAGAAGAUCCAGAACAAAUGGUACUGAAAAGUCUAAAUUUUUUAAGAAUCUUAAAAUAUAAGCCUCCUGAAACUAUGGAAAUGAGUGAGUUUAGACAAGGUUUGGUAACUGGGGAGAAAUCAGUUAUUUAUCACAUUCUGGAAUGGAUUCUUCGACGCAUGCCAGAAUUAAAAAAACGUGCUUAUUUGGCUCAAUUUCUUAUGAAAGUAGAACUUCCUCCUGAUAUAGAAGGUGAUGCUGAUAUUCGUGAAUUAUAUGAUCAGUAUGAAAAUGUAAUUGAAGAAUUCAAAGAAGUGCAUAAACAAUAUGAAGCUUUAAAAUCAAGUGGAUUUUCUACUCAAGAAAUUCGCAAGGAUUUAGAGCACAUGGAAGAAGAAAGAGAUCAAUUGAUAAAGAAAAUUGAAAGACUUAAAAUGAAGGUUGAAAGUCAUCCCAAUGUUGAUGCUAUGCUGUCUGUAGCAAAAAGUCUGCGAGAAGAAAGAGAUUUAGCUGACAGUUUGAACCGGCAAAAAAUGGAGCAACGUAAUGCUCUCACUCAUGCUGAGCAAAAAAUCCAAAGGCUGAAUCAACAGUUAAAAGAAUUAAAGUUAUCCAGUCUUGGAGCAACUCCUGAAACUUUAGUUCAAAAACUGGAAGAGAGCAUAAAAGUAAACUCUUAUUUGGUAAAAGAGAAGUUGCCAAAAGAAAUGGCAUCUCAGAGGAAAUAUAUUUCAGAUCUUCAAAAAAUAGUUUCACAGCCUGCCUUGAGUCAUGCCGAUUUGGAACAAAUAAACAAAAAGAUUCAAGAAGUUAAUAAUGAAAUACAUGAGUUCAUUGAAAAUCGUAUGAGAAACAAUAAUCCAAUUGAUGAUAAAUUAUCACUUUUUAGACAACAGGUAUCAAUCUUAGCACAUAAAAAAGAGAGAGCUGCAGAAGAUCUUAAUUCAGCUCGAGCACAGCUAGUAGAAUUGCAAGCGCAGUUGGAAACCAGGAAAUCAGACAACAAAGGUUCUGAAGGAGAAUAUCUUAAAGGAGAUGAAUUUAAACGCUAUGUUAAUAAGCUGAGAGGAAAAAGUAAUAUAUACAAGAAGAAACGUCAAGAAAUGGCUGAAUUGAAAACUGAAUGUGGCAUCCUAUCAAGAACAGUUGACAUUUUACAACAAAAAGAAUCUGCUGUAACAAAAACUUUGGCUCAACUGGAAAUGCAGAAAGGAGUGAGUGGCUUCCACACAGCUCAAGAUGAGUUAGAAAAGGUUUCUUCAAUUAAAGCUGAACUUGAUGAAAAGAAAGGACAAACACUGGAAGAAAUGUCUGUGAUGGUUCAAAAGUUAAAUUUAAAAAUUGCUGAAAAAAAAGCUCGUCUUGCUCCUGUUAUAAAAGAAUUACGGCCUCUUCGACAACAAUGUCAGGAUAUGUCUUUUGAGUAUGAGCAAAAAAAACAAGCUUAUGACUCUUGUGCUUUAGGACUUGAAAGCAAUAUCUCAAAAAUUGAACAGGAAGUGAAUAGCUACAAAGAAGAGAUUGCUGAGGCUGAACAUACCUAUCACAUGCUAAACACAAAAAUUCAAAUGCUCAAAAUACAAAAUGAGAGGGUAGCAGAAGAAAUUAAAUCUUAUGUUUCCAGUGAUUCAUCAGAGAAAAAAAAAUCUAUCAGGUAUAGUACAGUAGCUUUCUGUAUUGGUUGA